UAUUUCGGAUACACAGGAAGUCAGCGAGUUUUUCCCCAGUAGAAGCGUUUUAGCCGGUUCAUUUUCAUUACGUUUGAACAACUAGUGUUCAAAAUACGUGAUAUAGUUUCUCGUGAAUGUAUAUGAAAUAAAAUACAGCUAUCAAUAUGUUGAUUAAAGUUAAGACACUCACAGGCAAAGAAAUAGAAAUUGACAUCGAGCCUACAGACAAGGUGGAGAGAAUCAAAGAGAGGGUGGAAGAAAAGGAGGGGAUCCCUCCACAACAGCAAAGACUCAUUUACAGUGGGAAACAAAUGAAUGAUGAGAAGACUGCUGCUGACUACAAGAUCCAGGGAGGAUCUGUCCUGCAUUUAGUUCUCGCUCUCAGAGGAGGGCAAAACCUGCACUAGCCCUGCAGUCACCCAGUAUCUUUCCUCUAAUCUAUACUUUUAAGACUGUAAAUAGUAGAAAUCUGCGUUGUCAUGUAUGUCAAAACAGCAGAAUUGCCAGGAGGAUCUGGUGUGUAAAGCAAAAAGUGGACCUUUGGCUUUGCAAAAACCUGUCUAAAUUAUGUUAGUGUGAUCACAGCUGCUUGGGACUGAACUUGCAGAUGAAGAUGCAUUCUGAACAGCUUACAUGCUGGAAGUUUGUUUCUGCCCUUUUCGUUCUGCAGUAUAUGACGGUAUAAAAUUGUGCACUUAAAAACACAUUUACUUAAGUUUUAAGGUGUAAUGGCUCCCUUAUAAGGGCUCAUGAAGAAAUUAAUUUGCAUUACCUUGCUUUUUUAAAAAAUAAAUUCAUUCUCCUCA